AUGUAUGUCUUGAAACUCUUGGAGUUCUUAGGAAGUCCGGAAAACUCUGGAUUAGGAAGUCCAGAAAACUCUGGAUUAGGAAGUCCGGAAAACUCUGGAUUAGGAAGUCCAGAAAACUCUGGAUUAGGAAGUCCAGAAAACUCUGGAUUAGGAAGUCCAGAAAACUCUGGAUUAGGAAGUCCAGAAAAUUCUGGAUUAGGAAGUUCAGAAAGCUCCGGAUUAGGAAGUCCAGUAAGCUCUGGAUUAGGAAGUCCAGAAAGCUCUGGAUCAGAAAGUCCCGAAAACUCUGGAUUAGGAAGUCCAGAAAACUCUGUAUUAGGAAGUCCAGAAAACUCUGGAUUAGGAAGUCCAGAAAACUCUGAAUUAUGA